ACUCCGACAUGAUUCACCUGAUCUCGACUAAACUCAGUGGCUUCAAUGCUGUGGCUGUCUUAUUUCUACUAACAGGCUCCUGUGGAGGUAGCAUAUUAGAAGGUCAGAGCGAGCUGAUUGGUCCACGUCAGCCAAUAGUGGCAACAGUUGGGAAUGACAUAAUUUUACCGUGCAACCUGAAACCUGCCGAGGAUGCUUUUCCCAUUGCAUUUGAAUGGACGAGACCUGACAUGCAACCCAGAUUUGUCCAUGUGUGGCGUUCUGGUCAAAACCUUGAGGGUAUCCAGCACGAGUUCUACGAGGGAAGAACAUCAGUGUUUAUCGACAAACUGAAACACGGAGACAUUUCACUAAAACUCUCCAAAGUAAAACUGUCAGAUGAGGGAAAAUACAGAUGCUUCAUUCCAGAAUGGAAGAAAGAAUCUUUCGUUGUGCUUGUUGUUGAUGAUUUCUUCACGGAUCCAUCUGAUUCUGGUUCGACUGCUUAUAUCAUCAUCGGUUUGGUUGUUGGCGUUCUGGUGAUUCUCGCGGUUGCCCUUGCUGCGUGGAAAUGGAGACAAAACAAAAUCAAGACCAAGAAGCAGCAGGAGGACGAAGAAACACAGAGAGGAGGAGAGAAAAACUCUACAAGUAAUGAUUCAGAACAGGAGGGUCUGUUAGAAAGAGAAACAGACAGUAAACAAUCAAAAAAAGAAAGACAAAUAAUUAAUAAUCAGAACACGAUGGAAGACAAAAAUAACCUUGCACGUUUAGGUGAAGGAACAAAACUUUCAUAUCAAACAGAGGAGGAAACUCACCAGGAGAAGACAGAAGGAGAAACUAGCAAUAUUCUCAUCCAGGGACAGGAAGAGAGCGAAUCAAUAACUGUAGAAAUAGCAGCUCCAGGUCCAGCAGAGGUAGAAACACAGAAAGAGCAAGCAGGGAGGACAGAGUCUGUUAAUACUGAAACAGCAACUCAGAGUCUGAUGGAUGGACAUGGACAAGAACAGCAGGUCAGGGCAGCAGCAGACACAAAUAAUGAGACUGAAAAGGAAGAAAAAGAAGAGGACAUCAAAUCUACUAAAGACGAAGCAUCAAGUCAGGGUCCAACUGACGACAAAAGACAACACACUGAUCCAACAGCAGGAGGAGGGGUGAUGAAUGACUCGGACCAGACAGGAGGACAGGCAGGGAGAAGUGACGACCCUCCAGUUCCAGCAGAGAGAAAACAACAGCAGGUCAGAGCAGCAGGAGAAUCAAGUAAUGAUACUAACACGGUUGAAAAUAAAGACCUAACUCAAACUACAGAAAAGGAAGCAGCAGCUCAGGGUCCAACUGACGACAAAACACAACCCAGUGAUCCACCAGCAGGAGGAGGGAGGCAGAAUGAUUCUGAAUUGAUAACUGGACAAAAAGACACUCCAUGCACAGCAGAGAGCGGACACAAAGUAGAGAAUGGAGACAGGAGAGAUGGAGAGGGGAAUCCAACCCUUCUUCCUCCUGUUAAACCAGAUCGGCUCUCUAAAUCAGAACAACAGAAGGAUUUGAACAAACUGGUCAGACAAGAAGCAAGUAAUGAUACUAAAAAGGUAGAAAAUAAAAUACAAACCCAAACUAAGGACGACAACGCAGCAGCUCAGGGUCCAACUGAUGACACAACACAACCCAGUGAUCCACCAGCAGGAGGAGAGACAAAGAUAACUGAAGAAAAAGACGCUCUGUGCCCAGCAGAGAGAAGACAAAAAGUAAAGAAUGGAGACAGAGAGAGAGAUAGAGGGGGGAGCCCAACCCCUCUUCCUCCUGUUAAACCAGAUCGGCUCUCUAAAUCAGAACAGAAGGAUUUGGACAAAAAAAAUAAGGACAACAAAACAGAAUCUACAAAUAACAAAGCAGCAGGUCCAAGUGAGGGAGAAACACAACAAAAUGAUCAACCAGCAGUAGGAGGGACAAUGAAUGAAUCUGACCAGACAGGAGGACCGACAGGGAAGAGUGACGACACUCCAGUUCCAGCAGAGAGAAAAAGACAGAAAGAACAACAAGAGGAAAGACGAAAGAGUCUGAUGGAAGGAGAUGGACAACAACAACUGGUUGGACAAGAAGCAAGUAAUGAUACUAAAACGGUAGAAAAUAAAAUAUAAACCCACACUAAGGGAAACAAAGCAGCAGCUCAGGGUCCAACUGAUGACACAACACAACACGGUGAUCCACCAGCAGGAGGAGAGACAAAGAUAACUGAAGAAAAAGACAACAAAACAGAAUCUACAAAUAACCAAGCAGCAGGUCCAACACAACAAAAUGAUCGACCAGCAGUAGGAGGGACAGAUAAUACAUUAGACCAGACAGAAAGACUGCCAGGGAAUAAAUUGACACGUGAAGACACUCCAUGCCCAACAGAGAAACUGGGAAAACAGGUUAAGAAUGGAGACAGGAGAGAUGGAGGGGAGAACACAUCACUUCCGUCUUCAGUAAAACAGAUCUGCUCCAUAACAUAGAAUAACAGAGAAAACCGGAUCAGCCCCAAGCAGAAGCAGCAAGUGAUGUGGCGAAAAAAGAAAAAGAGACAGAUAAAACAGGACUUCUCCAUCAAACAGAGGGAGAAACACAUGAAAAGCAGUCUGUUAAAGAUCAGCCAGAGAAGCAGGAGAAGAGCGAUGGAGAGGAAGGCACAUCAUCUGCAAAUAGCAAAAGAGAACAUCAUCUAGACGUUAACAUGUGGCAGGAAGAGACACAAAAUGGUGGGAAUAAAGGAAAGAGAGAGAAUGAGACUCCAUUUGUGACAGAAGAAACAGGAAGAGAAGGAAAGAGUGAUCAAGAUAGCAAAAAAGAAGAUUCACGGAGAAACGACAGAAAUCAAAAUACCACAGGAGUAGAAGGAGGAAAUGAUCUGAAUAAAAGAGAUGGUUCUAAUUCUUCUUCUCCAAGGGACCUCAGAUCCUCAGCAUGUGAGGAAGGGACAAACAGACCAAGAUUGAAGACAGACCGUGGAGUAAAAAUAAUUUUAAAAAAGCAAUUCAAAGCCGCAGAAAAGGAGACAAAUCUGGAGAAAUAGAUGAAAAAACCUAGAGAUGAGAAACAAAAUUAGAAAUGAAAUGUAAAGAAAAGAGCUAGAGAAGAUCGAUUUAAACUGCAACUGGGGGAGGUAUGUGAGAGAACAUGACAGGAAGCUUCAGUUAGGGAAUACAGAGGUAGAAAAGAUAGACCCUGAGACAGAGAAAGAAUCAGAGAAAGAGAAAAAUAGAAAAGAGAAAAUGACUUUUCAUUCUUAUAUCUAAAAGAAGAGAAAACAGACCUUUAGGACCAACACAUUCUCACUCCCAUCUUGUAAAAUACAGACGAUGGUCAGGUGCCUUUGUCGUUGUUAUUGAUGCUAAAAGUCACCUUUAGAGUCAUAUAACGUGCUUUAACUAAACGCGAUUGGCUGGGACUAUUGGCGUCCCUUUUAGUGCAGUUACGUUUAGGAAAAGGUCGUGGGUGGGUUUACGUUGCCGUGACACGCGGGAAGAACGAGACGGUUGAGUUUAGGAAAAGGUUGUGGGUGGGCUUGACACGCGGGAAUAACGGGACGGUUAAAGAAGAAAUCUACUUCAGGAAACGUGCCGGGCGGGACACAAACCCUGGUCCCCUGGGUGAAAGUCCUGUAUUUGACCCAUCCACCACCCUACGCGGAAUUUCGGCCCUACAUACUACUCAGUC